AUCAAUUCCCUUUUGCUUUGUCCCGGUAAUCAAUGGAAAAAUUAGAACUUUUCUACAAGGGAGUUUGUUCAAUGAUGGGUUGCUAUAGAAACACUAAUUAAUUUCCUUGUGGUUUCCGUCUCCCCUUUUAUUUUCUCUUCCUCUUUUAUAAUAUUAAUUUGAUCUCAUCAAAGUCUACCAUGUUUAUCUUCAACUUAGCUUUUUGAUCCCCAAACCUACUCUUUGUAACCCAUGUGUUUUCUAAAUCUCUACCUAGCCAUGGACUCGGAUGAUGAGAAACAUGCUAAAAGAAGGAAAACCAACCAUGACGAUGAUCAGCCACAGACAACUGGGAUGGAAAUCCUUCCACACGAAAUCAUCGUCGACAUACUUUCAAGGCUACCGAUCACGUCGUUGGUGCAAUUCAAGUUUGUAUGCAGAGGAUGGCGUGCCUUAGCUCAAGAUCCUCUUCUUGCUGGUAUGCAUCUUUCCUGGAAAGCUGAUAGCAAUCCGUGCCUCAUCCUUCACUGUGAUUUUCCCAUCCGAAACCAGCUUUAUUUUGUAGAUUUAUCUGCUCACAACCAAGACAAAGAGAAGGUAAAAAGGUUAUAUGUACCUUUCCAGGCUACCAUGCCUGAAUUUGAUGUAGUAGGAUCUUGCAAUGGUUUAUUAUGCUUAUCUGAUUCAUUAUAUAACGAUGCACUAUAUGUUUACAAUCCUUUUACUAUGGAUUAUAUAGAGCUGCCAAAAUCUAGGCAAUAUCCAGAUCAGGAAGUAGUGUUUGGCUUUGGAUUUCAUCCAAAAACAAAGGAAUACAAGGUAGUUAAGAUAGUUUACUAUAGGAAUACAAGUAGUAGCUACAAUCGUGCCCGAAGAAUCAUUUAUCCGCAAUCAGAUGUUCAAAUUUUCACUCUGGGAAGCUCUGCCUGGAGGAGUCUGGGAAAAGUAUCAUACCAGUUUGUAAGGCGCCCUUCAGAGGCUUUGGUUAGUGGAAGACUUCAUUGGGUGAGUAGGCCACGCAGAUAUUACCCUGCUCGCCGGCUUAUGUCGUUUGACUUAGCAGAUGAACAAUUCCGAGAGGUCCCGAAACCCGAUUGUGGUGGUCUAAACAGGUGUAAUUUUCAUCUGUCUGUUUUAAGGGGUUGUCUUGCUGCAGCUGUUUAUGGAAAUUAUGGGAAAUUGGAGAUAUGGGUUAUGAAAGACUAUAACGUGAAGGAGUCUUGGAUCAAAGAGUUCAGCAUUGGAGCCUACACGCCGAAGUGUUUGAAACAGAAUCUGGACCGAGACAGACCUUUGAAGAUUUGGAAGAAUGCUUCAAACGGAAAAGUUGUUCGAGUUCUUUGCUUACUUGAGAAUGGUGAAAUCUUGUUGGAGUAUAAGAACAGAGUUUUAGUCUCCUAUGAUCCCAAGAAAGGGAAAUUUAGGGAUCUUGUAUUGCAGGGGAUACCUAAUUGGUUUCAAACAGUUGUUCAUGCAGGCAGUUUCAAUUGGAUUAACACCCCUCCUUGAUUUGUGAACGUUGCAGCAAUGAAAAAAUGGAUGCCUCUUUCCUUGUGAGUUGGCUGCUCUAUAAGAGAAAAGUGCUUUUCAUGUUUGUUUGUACUUCCUGAAUUUAGGUUGUUUCUUACCUUGAUACAUCUCAUUGUGAUUUUAUGAAUGUUAAACACAAUUCAAAAUUUGGGAAAUUUAGAUGUUGA